AUGAAGAUCGAUGAUCAAGGUGUGCCCAAAGUAGUGUACCACGACCUGAUGUACCAAGCUUAUUCCAGGCCAGAUUAUAUUGACCUUCCCGAGUUUUGGUCCACCUCAUCCGACAUACCAGCAACGCCACCCCUCCUGGCCACAGAAUAUGAUGAUCUUCCGCUAGAUUCAUUUCUCGAAGGCCAACCCAUUGAUUCUGGUGGCUCGCUACCACCUCCAAUGGAGUGUCUCCUUUUUCCUGAUCCCGGGAAUCUGCAAUCGGGGUUCAACUGGCCUGGCCCAGAUCCCCUUUUCGCUAACACUCAAUCUGAAGACGUAUUGGUCUACAUGUCAGCCUCCAUCCCAACCAGGCUACUACAUUGGGUGGAUAUAUGUCUCACCGAACUGGAUCAGAUGACGGAUCAGACAAUUGAGAAGUAUCGCUUCCAUCUGUCUUCGACCGCAAAUGGCAGGGAGGACCUCUACUGGGUGCGCAGACAAAUUCUGGAUAUCAUCUCCGGGACGAGGGUUAAACAGCGAAGCCUCUUCCGAUUGUCUUUACGACCGCGCACGGAGCUAUCCACACGCUUCCCAGACCCAGCAUGCCCUUUACACACAACGCAGCCCUCGGCAACAUGCUUGGAUCCAGAUGUCUUCGUACAGAACUUGACAGAUAACAGAUGGCCUCUCUGGUAA